AUGGGCACCAGCAGAUGUACCUUGUUCCUGGUGCCAUCUGAAUUCUCUCUCCUUUUUGUCACCUCCCAGAUUGUCACCGGCCUCUACCUGGGGAAUAUUCAUGACUCUGAGGACCAUGAGAACCUGCUGAGGAAGGGGGUGACCCACAUCCUGUCCGUCCACAACCGUGCCAAGCCCGUGCUGGAGGACAUGACCUAUCUGUGUAUCUCGGCCUCGGAUUCAUCCAGUCAAAACCUGCUGCAGCAUUUUAAGGAGUGCAUCCAGUUCAUCCACGAGUGCCGGCUCGGAGGGGGAGGCUGCCUGGUGCACUGCCUGGCCGGGGUGUCCCGCAGCACCACGGUCCUGGUGGCAUACCUGAUGACAGUGACAGAGCUGGGCUGGCAGAGCUGCCUGGCUGCCACCAGGGCCGUGCGCUCCUACGCCAGCCCCAACGCCGGGUUCCAGCAGCAGCUGCAGGAAUACGAGAGCACCCUGCUCCACCAGUACCGCGCCUGGAUCCGCCGGGAUUACGGCAGGAACCCCUUCCAGGACCAGGAGGAGCUGCAGCGCCUGCUGGGCCAGCAGGGGAGCAGGGAUUGCUCCCGGCCCCGCUCCCCAGAUCCCACCUUGCCCCCUCCCUGCCGCGCAGGUGGCACCGCUGCUGGCAGCAGAUGGAUGAACAGAUAAGCAGCCAGGCUGUUCCCGGCCUCUGGGGCUUGGAAAACUCAGUUUUCCCUUCGCCAAGCACCUCCAGGGAUUCGUGUCUAGGGCACAAAGCUGCCAGCACCACAGGGAGGACCCACAGACCUCCCUGCCAGCUCCAGGGAACGGUGGCAGUGCCCUGCUCUGUCCCAUUCCCCCAUUCCCAAUGGAUUGCAGCCACCUUUCCACCCUCAGAGCAGCAGCCAGCCCCGUCCCUCUCUCCUCAUGACAAUAUCUGGGCUGGCAGGGCACGGGAAAGGUGGGGCAGACCUCGGGAAUCCAAGGUGGGAGGAGAUGGAGAGAGGCCACCUUGUCCUCUGCUUCCCUGAGGAAGGAGGGGUGAAUCCCGGGAUUUGGGGGUGCUCUGAGCCUCAGCUGGCGCCCAGUGGGGUGGGGAGAGGGGCUGGAGGUGUUUUGGGGCUGCCCCUCGCUGUGCAUGUCCUUGGCAGGUGAAUAUCUGGCAUUUUCCUUAUCCCAACCCCAGGGAUAAGGGGGAAAAGGUAAAUCCAAAUUUACCUUUUAGCUGGCAUUUUCCUUAUCCCAGCCCCAGGGAUAAGGGGAAAGGUAAAUCCAAAUUUACCUUUUAGCUGGUAUUUUCCUUAUCCCAGCCCAAGGGAUGAGGGGAAAAAGGUAAAUCCAAAUUUACCUUUUAGCUGGUAUUUUCCUUAUCCCAGCCCCAGGGAGGGGGGAAAUCCAGCAGUGCCUGUCCCACUGCCUCCAUCCCUGGAGCCAGAGUGGGUUUGGGUUUCCCCUGAGCCCCAUCUGAAUGUCCCUGCUUGCCAAAGAAACCAAAAGCUUGGUUGGAUUCACUCAACCCAUGGACCAAUUUAACUCUGUCCCUCUCCAAAAGCCUUUUUAAUACCUAAACCCCAUGGCCAUGUCCAGUUUUUCAUCCCAAACUGGGAUUGUGCUUUCCCAGAGCUUUCUUUGGCAGGAAUUCCCCCCAUCUGCCUUACAAGGAGGGUCCCAUCCCGUGGAUUCAGCCCUUCCACCUGGAAACCUUCAACCCUUCCGUGCCAACUCCGCCUUUUACUAAAAUUACCCUGUUUGUCCACUCAAAAAUGUCUGUUCUGCAAGUCCUUCUAAGAAAAAGGGGAUUAAAAACAUUUCUAGGAAUUCUCUCGAUGAAGAUUUUCGGGUACUCAUCGUGUGACAGCACCA